GGCUCGCAGUGAUUAUAAAAAAGAAUUAGAAGGUGAUCAAAUUAUCAAGUCCCAUUUGGCCACACUUUAUGACAAUAUGCUGGAGCAGAAUUUGUGUAGAAUCAUUGAGCCCUAUUCUCAUGUUCAGGUUAAAUAUAUUGCUAACACUAUACAUUUACCAAUGGAUACUGUAGAGAAGAAAUUAUCACAAAUGAUUUUAGAUAAAAAAUUUAAUGGAAUAUUAGAUCAAGGAAAAGGAGUUCUUAUUAUUUUUCAGGAUACAUCUAUUGACAAAACUUAUGAAGCUGCUUUAGAGACUAUUCAGCACAUGGGAAAAGUUGUGGACUCUCUGUAUCAUAAAGCAAAAAAAUUAUCAUAAU